AAAUGAGGCGGCGGCCCCGACAAGUACGGCCCUUUUUUUUUCUUCUUCCUCCUCUUCUUCUUAUAAUCGCCGCAGCCAUGCUCGGGGUCACUUCUUCCACCACUCGCCUCACUCUCUCCCGCUCCCUCCUCCUCGGCAGACCCAACUCCAUCUCUCAUUCGUACCUCCGUCGUCUUCGUCCUUUAGCUGCUGCUGCUUCUUCUUCUUCCGCCGCCUCUUCUUGUUCUUGUUGCGGCCGCAGCCGGGGCAGACGUUCUUGUUCUUUGCCCAGCAAGUGUUAUCCUUGUCCCCUCUGGUCCUCUGCCUUCUCCUUCUGCCUCCAGCCCCUCGCCCCCCACAAGUCCAAAUCCACCUCCUCCUCUCUCUCUGUCCACUCUUCUGCUCCAUUUGCUUCCGUGGCUGCCCCGAUGGGAGAUCAGAGCACCGAUCAGAACCCCCUCUUGCAGGACUUUGACUUCCCCCCUUUCGACGCCGUCGAGCCCCAGCAUGUCCGCCCCGGGAUUCGUGCCCUCCUGAAGAAGCUCGAGAAUGAUCUGGAGGAAUUGGAGAGGACAGUGGAACCGUCUUGGUCCAAGCUGGUGGAGCCACUGGAGAAGAUUGUUGACCGAUUGGCUGUUGUCUGGGGAAUGGUCAAUCAUCUCAAGGCUGUUAAGGAUUCAGCUGAGCUUCGGUCUGCUAUUGAAGAUGUCCAGCAAGAGAAAGUGAAGUUUCAGCUUAGACUGGGCCAAAGUAAACCAAUUUACAAUGCAUUUAAGGCUAUUCAAGAUUCUCCUGAUUGGCAGACCCUGAGCAAUGCCCGUAAACGUAUUGUUGAAAACCAAAUAAAGGAAGCGGUUCUCAAUGGUGUCUCCUUGGAAGAUGAUAAGAGAGAGCAGUUUAACAAAAUUGAGCAGGAACUUGAAAAGCUAUCUAAGAAAUUCGAUGAGAAUGUCUUGGAUGCUACAAAGAAGUAUGAAAAGUUGAUUACAGAUAAGAAGGAAAUUGACGGACUGCCUGCUACUGCUCUCGGGCUGGCUGCACAAACAGCAGUAUCUAAGGGACAUGAGAACGCAACUCCUGAAAAUGGGCCAUGGAUUAUUACAUUGGAUGCUCCAAGUUUUAUGUCCGUCAUGCAACAUGCUCGAAACAGAGCUCUCCGAGAAGAAGUCUACCGUGCUUAUGUCACUCGUGCUUCUACUGGAGAUAUAAAUAACACCCCAAUUAUUGACCAAAUUUUGAAGCUUAGAUUAGAGAAGGCUCAGCUGCUUGGUUACAAAAAUUAUGCUGAGGUUAGCAUGGCAAUGAAGAUGGCUACUGUUGACAAAGCAGAAGAGCUGCUCGAGAAGCUUCGCAGUGCCUCCUGGAAUGCUGCAGUUCAAGACAUGGAGGACCUAAAAAAUUUCUCCAAGAGCCAAGGUGCUGCUGAAGCUGAUGACUUGAAUCACUGGGACCUGAGUUUCUGGAGUGAGAGGCUCCGGGAAUCAAAGUAUGACAUCAAUGAGGAAGAACUGCGCCCAUAUUUCUCGCUACCAAAAGUUAUGGAUGGACUUUUCAACCUUGCUAAGAUCCUUUUUGGCAUUGAGAUUGAACCUGCAGAUGGCCUUGCACCGGUCUGGAACAAAGAUGUCAGAUUCUACUGUGUCAAAGAUUCCUCAGGCAAACCGAUUGCAUACUUCUACUUUGAUCCUUAUUCUCGACCAUCUGAGAAGAGAGGAGGUGCAUGGAUGGAUGAGGUUGUUGCUCGAAGUCGCGUACUUUCGCGUGAUGGUAGCAGUGCAAGGUUGCCUGUUGCACACAUGGUUUGCAAUCAAACUCCACCUGUUGGGGACAAGCCAAGUCUUAUGACUUUCCGCGAGGUUGAAACUGUUUUCCAUGAAUUUGGUCAUGCACUUCAGCACAUGCUCACAAAGCAGGAUGAGGGUCUUGUGUCUGGUAUCCGGGGAAUAGAGUGGGAUGCCGUUGAGUUGCCCUCCCAGUUUAUGGAGAAUUGGUGUUACCACCGGGAUACUUUGAUGGGAAUAGCAAAGCACUAUGAAACGGGGGAGAGUUUUCCUGAGGAUGUAUACCUGAAACUCCUGGCCGCAAGAACAUUCCGAGCUGGCAGCUUAAGCCUUCGCCAGAUAAGAUUUGCGACUGUGGACCUGCAGCUGCACACGACGUAUGUACCUGGUGGGGCAGAAUCUAUAUACAAUGUGGACCGAAGGGUUUGUGAAAAAACACAGGUGCUCCCACCCCUUCCUGAAGACAGAUUCCUUUGUGGCUUCAGUCACAUAUUUGCAGGUGGAUAUGCCGCUGGAUACUACAGCUACAAGUGGGCAGAGGUGCUUUCUGCAGAUGCUUUCUCGGCUUUCGAGGAUGCUGGCUUGAAUGACAGCAAGGCUGUUGAAGAAACGGGACAAAGGUUCCGAGAAACGAUUCUGGCUCUUGGAGGUGGUAAAGCUCCACUUGAGGUGUUUGUACAGUUCAGGGGACGCGAGCCAUCGCCUGAGCCACUGCUGAGGCACAAUGGCCUAUUGCCUGCUGCAGCUUAGGACGUUUAUAUAUUACAGUCCUUAUCCAGAACAACGGAGGAUAGUCUGUUAAGCUCAUGAACUGAUGAAGCUGGGAAAGCCUUAAUUGGAACUUGACAGGCUUGAUUUUCGCAAUGUUCUUCAAUAAAUCCAUCCUUGUACCAGGAUUCAUUUGUUCAGGUUCCUGUGAUGUUUGUCAAUAUUCGGAUCGAUUCAAAGAAGUAAAGUCGGGUUUCUAAUGCUUUGAUCUU